UCUUACCUGUGAAGUAGAUUGAACACCGUAUCAUAAGGUUCAUAACCAGAAAAAGAUAUAUCUGGGAGAACUCGACAUGUCGAGGUCGAGAUCUCCCCAGUACACUGUGUCGAAACCUCCCUGACUUACAGGAUUACAAUAUAGAUGUCACCACUGGUCACAGUUGAAGUUUUUGUCAGUUCACAUAGCAUGGCUAUCCUUUAGAAAGUGCGAGUUGUCACCACAAUAACUAUUAAUCCAUAAAUGCCAUGUGCAUCCAGUGUAAUUAUCAUUAUCUGGAAUGUAAUUAUUAUAGCAUGUGCUAUUUAGGACCAAGGUGAGCCAGCAUCUUCAGCAGAGUACCAGAGUGAGCAAAGUACACUACAGCUUGAGCUUUUGGUUCAUCUCCAGCGAGGGCGUUCUGAAAAAGAAUUAAGGAGUUUGAGACAGGAAUUUGAAAUUCAGCAACACCUACACCAUCCAAAUAUCAUACAGAUGCUGGAUUCAUUUGAAACAGGCAAUGAGAUUGUGGUGGUAACUGAAUAUGCUGACAAGGAGCUAUAUGAAAUUUUAGGAAAGGAAGGUUAUUUGCCAGAAGAGCGAGUACGUAAGAUUGUUUGUGAUUUAGUUUCUGCACUUUAUUACUUGCACUCACACAGAGUUCUUCAUAGGGAUUUAAAGCCACAGAAUAUUUUAAUGGAAGCCAAUGGAGUAGCAAAGUUAUGUGAUUUUGGAUUUGCUCGUAGCAUGAGCACUGGUACAUAUGUUUUAACAUCCAUCAAAGGUACACCUCUCUACAUGGCCCCAGAGCUCAUAGAAGAGAAACCCUAUGAUCAUAAUGCCGACCUUUGGUCUUUGGGAUGUAUUGUUUAUGAAUUGCUUGUGGGCUCUCCACCAUUCUGUACUUCAUCCAUUUUGCACUUGGUACGAUUGAUUCGUCAUGAAGCUGUUAAGUGGCCAGAUUUCAUUUCGCCUACAUGUCAGAAUUUCAUUCAGGGUUUACUUCAAAAGGAUCCAGGGCAACGACUGACAUGGCCACAGUUGCUGGAACAUCCAUUUGUUAAAAAUGGUGUCCUUAUUCUUAAGGAAGAAGGUGCAGCAACUCCACUCACAAACCCUCUAACUGCUUCUCAGGUCAUGGCCAAAGAAAUUCAGAAGCAAGAUUUGGUUAAUCAGACAGCAGGUCAAUCCAAAAUUUUGACUCCAGCAGUACAAAGAAUGGAAGAACAUGAAAAAAAGUUGAAAUUGUUGCAUCAAAAGACUGAAUGUACCUCGAAUAUUAGUACAGUUACAUGUAAUCAGACUGUGAAAAACACCAUAGUUUCCGGUAGAAAUGUAUUAUCUCCAUGCGAGACUUUGACAACAAGGAGCUGUAAAGUGAUUGGUUCUAAGUCUGAUUCUGGCUGCAGUGAUGAAAGAAAUAAACUAAGCAAAUCAAGCACAGAUUCUGAUGUUGUUGUAGCUCUUGAUACAAAGAAAAUGCUACAGAGUAUGUCACAAGUAUGCCAUGUUAGUGUUCAUAAUAAAAAGAACUUUGAGUGUGUUUCAUCAGUGACAGGGAAAAGUACUUUGUCAUUAAGGGGAACACAACAUAUAAGUGUAUUACCAUCUAAUGGAGCUAGUCAGAUUGGUGCUUCAUUUCCAGGAGAUGUUGAUGGACUUGUGAAAAAACUGAAGGUUGCCAGUCUUGUUGUAAGUGGUGAGAGAAAUGUGUGUGAUAGUGGAAAUUUAUCUCAGAGCAAUUCAAAACAUGUAAAUUCAGAUACAGAAAAAUUGGAACAGAACAGUUUGAGUGCACAUGUGAGCCAAGAAUAUAGUGCUGAUAAGUUUAAGCCAAAAUAUUUAUUGAGCAAGAAAAAAGGUGGCACUUGCCUGUACCAGAGUCGUGGCAUAUUCACACUCCAUAGUUGGGACUCAGCUGUAAAUACACACCCCAUUGAAAGUGAUGAGUGGCUGGCAUUCUUGCAACGCACUAUGGAGGAAGUAAUGGAUGGGGAUGUUGAUGCAAUGCAGCAAUGUAAUUUUGUUGGUGUAGUAGUGUCACCCCUCCGUAAUCCUGGGGCCAGUUCUCGAGUCAUGGAGUAUGUGUCAUGUCUCCUUUCAUUACCAUUUGUUGUAAAUGAAGUCAUUGAAGAGGAGAUUUUGAAAAUCCAACAGAUAUAUCUUGAGGUGAAGGUAGUCCCUAACUUAGUGUAUGCCUCAAAACUACUUGCACGUCAAAAAGCUUAUGACAGUGAUGAUCUUGGCCCAUCCUUCAGUGGGAACCUGCUUCGUCAAGUAUCUGAUCUCAGUGCAGAUGAACUUCAAGCUUUAGAAUGUAUAUAUUUGUUACUGUGUCAUCUAACAUAUGCAGCUGAAGACUUCCUGAUCCAGUUUUGUGAUGCAGUAGCAAUCCUCAAUGCCACAUCCCUGCUUCAGCAAUUUUUGCUACUGGGUCGUAGGAAAAUAAGAGUUGUUACUGAUCUGGUGGCUAUCUUAUGCCAUGUUCUUCGAGUAUUGCCCGAGAAUGCUGGUCUUAUAGAGCAGAUUGUCCUGGGAAUGGAUACAAAAGGUUACUAUGGCAUUGACCUGACCCAGAUGCUAACACAUCACAGUCCUGUGCUACGGGCUCGAAGUUGCACUCUUUUACAACUUCUUGGCCGAUACAGUUGUAGAGCCUUACAGUUAAACUGGAACCAAAGAUUACAAGAAGACUUGGAAAAUCUGAUGCAUGACUCCAGUAAGAUGGUUGAAGUGGCUGCAAAAGAGGCAGUCAAGGAAUUGAAAGAGCUGCAGUUCUACUUCCAGAAGAAAUGACUAGUUGAAGGUAACAUAGCUUUUUAAAUAUAAAUUAUGCAGAUGUUAAGAAUUCAGUUCGAGCUAGAACUGGAGUUCCACCAGCAAAGUGAUCUUCCUGAAAAUUGCCGCUUUGUACAAAAUACUCUUAUUUAGCUUAUUUUUCCCAUGGUAAAUAAUAUAUUUUGUAUUGCAUUCAUAUUUUAGAUAAUAGCUAUAAGAAAAGAGCAUAAAAUGAUGUUUUUGAUAUAUACUUUAAUCCCAUGCUAUUUUCAAAUUAUAUGCACGAAACUCUUCAUUUAUCUGACCAGUUUGAUGAUGUUAAAUGAAAUCUAAAAAUAUGUCAUCUGAACAAUAUAAAAAUCAUAUUUUUCCACAAAAAGGAAUUUAAAAAUCUUGUGUUUAUGUUUUGGAUUUGGUAUAUGAAUAGCCCUGACUUAGGUCAAUGGUAAAGCAGGAGUAUCUGAGGGUAUGGAGAGAGAAAGGUGUUGAGGUGGAGUCCAGACAACUUCAGGACAUAGUAUUACAUUAUGGAAUGAUAACAAGGAAACAAAACAGGUUUUUUGUGGGUAGAGUUAGGCAAGAAUUGGACAAAUAAAAUCCUGAAUUUUACAUGGUACUUUGCUGUAGCAUCCAGCAACAGCCACUUUAUGGAAAAACUUUAAAGUUUGACCAUGUUAUGAAAGUUGUGGUGUCAAUUGUGAUCUUCAUUUGAUCCCAUGGACUUUCUCAUUGCCAGUGUCAAUAUUUUUGUUGGAAAUUGAUGCUCAAUAUGAGGAUGUCUUCUCCCAUACUAAAGUCCAAUGGCUGAGUCAUGAGACAGUAUUGAAACAUCUUUUAGCUUCUUGGCUAGAAAUAGAACUGUUAAUGAAUGCAAAAGGUACAGUUGUGGCUGAACUUCAUGAUGAAAAGUGGCUUUGGGAUUUGGCAUUGCUAUGUGAUAUGAACCUCCAUGUAAAUAACUUUUAAAUACCAAACUUAGAGGUUAACAGAAAUUUAUUCUGAUGUGUUUGGGCCUUUAAGAAUUUUUGAGGUGAAUCCGAAACUAUUUUGGGAACAAUUGAAAGAUAUUAGCCUGUGUAAUUUUUCUUCCUGUGAUUUUCUUCAUAAGAAUGGGUCACUUAGUGUCUGUCUGCUACAGAGUUCUAUGACAGAAUUUUAAAAUGAGAUUCAGUGACUUUUAUAGCCAUGCUACAGAUAUGUACACUUAAAAAUCCAUUCUUUGCUAAAUUCAAUAAUGUCCCUUGAAAAUUACAACUUGUAUUGAUAGACUCAAUAUUGCACAGUACUUUCAACCAGGAAGCUUUGAUUGCCUUUUAUGUUUCUUUAUCAGUAUCUGAUUCUCUGAGUUACAUAAAUUACAAUGAAAUUUGGUGUGUUUGGUAACACAUACACGUGUGAACAGGCAUUUUUGUGUAUGAAACAAAAUAAAUCAAAGUUACAUUCAAGAAUCACCAAUGUGAACAUAUGUGAUGUGAAUUGGCAUUUUGAAAAUGGAACCAAAUGUCACAUCUCUUGUGAAGCAAAGACAGGUCCAAGUUUCACAUUAAUAAGAAAAGUUCAAAUUAUUUUUAUUAUAAUGUUUAGCUUUAUGCUGGUUAUGUUAGACAUGCCACAUGCCAAAAAGGUUGAUCACCAUUGAUUUAUUAAAGUUCCCCCCCUCUCUCUCUCUCUCUCUCUCUCCCACUAAAUCCCAAUAUUUUGGAAGUUGGUUCUACUUCCAUAUUCAGGUUGGAUGACAGACCUGCAUUUUGUUGGGCCUUUUGGUCAGACUAAUCUUAAUCUUGGACAUCAAAGGUGGAAUAUUGCAUUUUUAUUGACUUCUCCAUAUGUCAUGACAAAAUGUAUAUAUGCAAAAUAAAAGUAUUAAUUCUUUCUUUUUUUAUGAGUUAUGUGACUCCUCAUAACAAAGCAUGCUGAACUUGGUUUUGAAUAAUAUGUUCAUUGUGUGCUUUCCAGUUCAAGCUAUUAUCACUUUUUAUGCCAGGAAAUUAGUUGGGCAGGUAAGCUUGCAUGUCUGCCUGAUGUAAAAUUCACACUACUUUAUUGGUUUUAUUAUCAUAACAUUUGUUUAGCUUUACACAUGUUUUGUUGUUGCUAACAAAUUUUUGUGAAGUAAAAAUAUUAAUAAUAUAUAGUGUUUGGAACUUUCCAUUAUUUUGUUUUCCAUGUCAUUCAUCACUCGUACAUCAAAAUGAAAAUGAAUGUGAGUUUGAAUGAAUGUUUUGGAUUCAUUUCAUUGUGGCAGCCUAGUAUAUAAUAGAUUGCAGUUACAGGAGUCUGAAAGUUUCAGCAAUAUUUUAUCUUGUGUUGUUGGAGAGUUACUUCAGAUCAUCAGAUUACUUGGAGAUCUUUAAGCAUAGUACAUUUAUUUUAGUAUGAAGUAAUAUUCUGAGGUUUGCCGACAUUGUUUUUUUGUGUAGAAAUAAUAAAUCUGAAUAAUAUAUGGAAACUUCAUUAUUA